AUGACCCAGAAGGACAAAAAGGAAAACGUCUCUGGUUCCCGCCUGAGGGAACCGAGGGGCCAAGUCCGGCGGUUCCUCAAAUACAAGAGGAUUUGUUUGGAGGUGAUGGAUUUGGACAUUCGGGAGAUAAAUCCAAGGCAACGAACGUUCAAACUGCUGUGCAAGCUACUACGACCGUCACUGUCAGGAAGCAACGCGAAUGGGUUCUCCGAAGCCGAUCUCCAAGCACUCGAAGAUGACUCUUUGACAAAGAGCACUUCCGAUCUCGUCACUGGCGGAUUGCCUUAUAUCAUCGAAGAUAAUGAUGAGGGAUAUUUAUGUGAGAUACAAGCAGGUACUCCGCCGAAGAGUUUCUUGAUGAUUAUGGACACGGGGAGUUCGGAUACAUGGUUACCUGAUGCCGCAUGUAGCAAUUGUGGGUCUCACCUCACACUCGGAACAGACACAUCAAGUACCUUCAAAGCCUCCGACCAAGUCUUUACGGUCACCUACGGGUCUGGCGAAGUCAACGGCACUUUGUGUCAGGACGAUCUGACUAUCGCCGGUAUGACUCUGAAAGCUCAUACUUUCGGUACAGUGACCAGUGAAUCUUCUCAAUUUAGUAAGACAUUUGCAGAUGGUCUUAUGGGUCUGGCGUUCGAUACUUUGUCACAGCAACGCGUUGAUACCCCUGUCGAAAGUCUUGUCCAAGCAGGUUUGAUCAAAGAAGGUAUUUUGGGGAUCGCCUUGGGACGUGUGGCAGAUGGUCAGAAUGACGGUGAAUUGGUUUUCGGUCGAGCGGAUAGUAGCAAGUUGGACGCUUCUACCACUCAAACCCUUCCUGUCACGUCGCAAAAUGGAUUUUGGCAGGUCGCCUUGGGUGGCGUGACUGUGGAUGGGAAGGUCGUGUCUCAACAACGUCAGGCAAUCCUCGAUACUGGUACAACACUUCUCUUGGCCCCUCAACAAGACCAGGGAAUGUUCUCGAUUCCAUGUACGACCGAUGCGGUAGUCGAGAUGACAUUUGGGAAUGUUGCUUUCCAGAUCGACCCCCGAGACCUCAUAUUCCAACCACUCAACAAUGCCGAUCCAACAGGACAAUGUCUCUCUUCGGUCAUGGCGGGUACGGUGACCGAUGAUCAGACAUGGCUUAUGGGUGACGUCUUACUGAAGAAUCUCUACAUGGCUACGGAUGUUGGGCAACGCACCAUCUCCCUCUCUGCUCGAACGGACACACCAGGCUCUUCAUCAGGAUGGCCGGAAUAG